UAGCUCGAGAGACCGACAGCUUGAAGUACUUUUGUGUCCUUUUUAAAGCUGCCAUCAUGUCAAUGCGCAAUUGCGCAGCCAGGAAACCCUCAGUUGUGAGACCAGUGGCAUGACAAGGGUGCUUGAAAACUACCGCAGCGCCUUACUAGAGCAAGCCUCCUGCUGUGACCCAAUUCCCAUGAAACGGACUCGUAAAUUCCCUCAUAAUAACCAGGUGAGCUUUCUGUCUGUCAAUUCCCUGUGACCUAACCGUGGACGCCGUUGGAGGGACCGUCUCGUUUACUGAAGACAUUUGGUGCUAGGGGAGGGUAAGCAUGACAGUGUGUUGGAUAUGUUGUGACUGCAACUCAUGACAGUUUGCAUCAAGACUGUGGAUGCACUCAUCAAAAGUCUUUAUAUUUGAGAGGAAGCACCAUGGACGCAGCGGACGUAGUUGCUUCCGUGUUGGUUUUGGGGAUUAUUAUCGUGUCGCUGCUGUCCAACGUCGUGGUGCUGAUCUGCUUUUUGUACAACCCGGAGAUCCGCAAACAGGUACCCGGUCUUUUUAUUCUCAAUUUGACGUUUUGCAACCUGUUGCUAAGCGUGUCCAACAUGCCACUAACUCUGGUCGGGCUCAUCACCACGGGCCAACCCGGAGGCAGCGGCUUCUGUCAAAUUGUGGGUUUCCUCGACACUUUUCUCACCACAAACUCAAUGCUCAGCAUGGCAGCUCUCAGCAUCGAUAGAUGGGUGGCGGUGGUGUUCCCGCUGAGCUACCACUCAAGAAUACGGCACCGGGAUGCAGUCAUAGCGCUGGGAUACACGUGGAUACACUCACUUUGCUUCUCCACAGUGGCCACCUGCCGCUCCUGGGUCGGGUACCACCACCUUUACGCAUCGUGCACUCUCUGCAAUGUCAGGGCGAAGGGAACCGGGACGCAGUUUAUCAUUUUUACCGUGGCUUUGCACUCCCUCACUUUCCUCCUCACGCUGAUCGUGUUGUGUGUAACGUAUCUGAAAGUGCUGAAAGUUGCACGGUUUCACUGUAAACGCAUUGACGUGAUCACUAUGCAGACGCUGGUUCUGCUUGUGGAUAUUCACCCCAGUGUGCGACAGAAAUGCUUGGAUGAGCAGAAGCGGAGGAGGCUGAGGGCCACCAAGAAGAUCAGUACAUUCAUCGGCACAUUUGUGGUGUGCUUCACCCCGUAUGUGAUUACAAGAAUUGUAGAGCUCUUCUACCCAGGACCGAUAAACCCUCACUGGGGUGUGUUGUCCAAAUGUUUGGCAUACAGCAAGGCAGCAAGCGACCCAUUUGUCUACUCACUGCUGCGUCACCAGUACAGGAAGACUUGCAGCCUUCUGGCUAACAAGGUCCUCAAGAGAAGUCCACUCAACUCCUCCUCCCUCAGGAUGGAGAACAACGCAGGGAGGAGCAACACCAACUCCAACACAACCAACAACAUCCAACCACCUACCAACAAGCCACUAGGACAGUGAAGGUCAUCACUUUCAGAGACAAUUAGGGUGCUUUGCCGUGCUAAAGGUGUCAUGGAUUUGACAUCUUACUUUGAAGUUAACACUCAUGAAAACAGGGGUAUGACAGUAGAUUGACCUCUGUGGGAUGGUGUAACGUCAGAGUGAACAAGCUUGUCACCUGAUUAUUGUUGAAGGACAAGGCUGGCGAUAUUCUAUAUUUUUCUUAUUAUCAACAAGUCUCAUGAAAAGACCAAAAAGUGAUGCACAAGUCUGUCCAGCUGGGCAUGGUAGUAUUUUGCACAUGUUCCUUAAACAGGAGUAAAGCAUGCCUUUGUAGGGGAAUACUUUAAGCAGCAAAUGUGGUACACUAGUAAAUAUUCAGACCAUUAGGACAUGGGAUUAACUAAAAAUAAACCAAAUUUGACCAUGACAUGUCACCCAAUGCAAUGGUGUGGCUCUUACAUGUGUUUGCAAUGACGACAGCAAAGGUGCAUGGCACAGAGGAAUCAGCUAUACCAGGCUUUGGCUAUACUGUACAUGUAAUUAUUGUCAGUUGGAUCAAUUCAUUGAAAAAUAUAGAAUAUCAUCAGCCUUAUUCUUUAAAGAAGAAUAGACGACCACUUUUGUAGGUUGUGUGUGUAGACUGUAAUGGCAUUACGUAUUUCAGUGUAAUAGUCAGUCUUUUUCUGCAAAGAGUGACAGUUUCUUAUGAGUUGAUUUUGUAGCAUACUGGUAAAUGUGUGUCAAAUAGGCUCUGUAACAUGGAAAUCACCAUUAUGGUGAUUUAUUUGUUAAUUGUGUCAUUAAAGGCACAAACUGAAUUAGUGUAGCCCUAUUUCCAAAGUUCAGAACACAGGAGCCUGCUAUCACUCCCAAAUUGAUUAGCAGUUCUUGUAUGUGGACAAGCAGUAGACAACUACAAUAAAUCUUAAGUUUUAACAUUUCCUGAUGCUGUUAAAGGUCAAAUCAGUAAUGUACUAAUGCAAGAGUAUUUUCAUUACCUCAAGUCAGUAAAGUUGUAAAUUAUAUGGUCUAAAAAGGUCUCUGUUUGGGCCUUUAGUUUUACAUCCCACCUGAAGUGAAUGGCUGGAAUUCUUGAUAAUUAUUCAAGCAUAACUUCUGACCUCAAUGAUGAUACUUUGGCUGGAUGAAGUAGUGUGUGUGUUUAAGGGAUAAUAUGAAACAGAUGAACAUUUUUGACAGUACAGUCAUGUCACAUGCACAGCAGUGCAUCGCACAGAUGGAAUUACUGUAUGUUGUAGCUGUGAGGCCUGAGUUCUAAAGUGCCUUUUAGACUAUGAGCUCUCUGAUUUAUUCAAAACACAACGGAGGAAACCUUUCACAUUCUGUCAUUUGCUUGGUAUUCUGUGCUGUGGUUAAGCUUGAUGAUAGAGCCUGUUAUGCAGUUUGGUCACAUUGUAAGAAAAGUAAUGUUUAUUUUGUAAUACCACCACGUUGUAUUGUUACGUCGGGCAAAACAGGGUAAAAUAUUAUUUGAAUGUGGUAGCAACUAUUCAGUGAUGUGAAUUAACAU